AGAGAGAGAGAGAGAGUAUUAAAACCAGACAACCUAAGAUGCCUUGGAGUAGUUCAGUCUGUCUCUUCGGUCUGUGGCAGAUUUAAACCAUUCAUCAGAGGUCGGUUUGUGAAGGUAAUCCUGAAACAACGACAUGAUACUGAAGCUGUUGGGAUUGUGUUCUUCCGUCUGCUAUUUGUGUUUGGGGUUGGGAACUUGCAGGAACAGGUUUUCGUUCUUGUCGGGUCAGUGUCAGUAAUUGUUGCGUGUGAAUGCUGGGCCAUGCUUGCUCUGUGGGCCUUCCUGUUAUAAUGAGGAGAGGUAUAGUCAGCCUGAAACUACACUUUCCUUGGAUUGACACAGUAAAACUGCUGAAUUCAACUGCCUCAUUGCAAGAACAAAGCCAGAAAAACUUGUGCCGGCACCUAACUUCAUUACAGGACAUGGCAUCUUUUUUUCAGCAUCAACACUGAUAUCACCCUGGCAUCAUUCUCCCUCCUGAGUCCCUGCUGAAUCUCAGUUUGAAGCACCAGGUCGACAGGAGAAGACAUGAGGGUGCAAAAAUUCUCGAGGGGGCAGAUUCUACAGGAGUUUCGUCUCGGCUGCCAGGCUCUGGCUGCCGAUAACAACAGGGGCUUUAAAAAGGAGUUUGAGGAGCUGAAUGAUGUUGGCAAAGACCUUCCCACCAGAGCGGGGGACUCAGAGGUCAACAGAGAGAAGAACAGAUACCCCUUCAUUCUACCAUACGACCACUGCCGCGUGAGGCUGUCCAUUCAGAACUCCGUUCCACACACUGACUACAUCAACGCAAAUUUUGUGCCUGGUGGAGGAUCAGAGAGAGACUUCAUCUGCACCCAGGGUCCUUUGCAUAACACCAUGGCCGACUUCUGGAGGAUGGUGUGGGAGCAAAACGUCAGGAUAAUCGUCAUGGUGACAGCUCUGAGACACAAGGACAUAGUGCUGUGUGAUAAAUACUGGCCCGUGGAACGAGGGACAGUUUAUCACGGGCUGAUCCAGGUGACAACAAUGACCUGCAAACAAGGUCCAGAUUAUUUUAUCACCACCAUUAACCUCAGACAGAGAGACUGUCCGACAGACAGGAUAAUCACACACUACUACUAUCAUUCCUGGCCGGACCGGGGCAUCCCUAAAGACUCAUCCUCUCUGUGCGCCUUCACUGACCAUGUGCGGCUGCACUUGGAAGGCAUUCCUUGCCUGGGGCCGUCUGUGGUGCACUGCAGUGCAGGUGUUGGGCGCUCAGGGACGUUUGUGACACUGUUGUGGUUGAUGCAGUUGUGCGCUCGGGGCAUCCAGCCGGACAUCCGCUCUGCUGUGGAAGAUCUGCGGCUACAUCGAAUGUGGAUGGUCCAGAAUCUGGAGCAGUACAUAUUUGUGCAUCAGUGUCUGAUGCAGUGGCUCAUCGGAGGAGCAGGGAGAACCACAGCAGGCCCACAGAUUCAGGGAGCCGGUUCGAAAAUCAACCACCCCGUUCAGGAUCAGCCUCAGAGCUCAGGACAGGGAGAGCGAACGGGGAGGAGACGACAACACCGCCAGAGACAGAAACCUCCGUCAGAGCCGCAGCAGAACACAAUACAGCAGAUGUUACACCCUGGGAACCUGCUGAGGAGACUGCUGCCCUCCUCAUCCCUGUUAAACCCAGGCUCACACACCCCCUGAACUCACAUACCAUUAAGCUUAAGGUACAAAGACACAAACAAGAACAAAAUGCUGUCAUGCAGCACCUGAGGACAUGCACUGCAGAAAUAAUGCUGAGUGCUCGAUGAGGACAGGCCCUGCAGGCAGAAAACUGGUCUGACGACAUGCAGAUAAACGCUGAAGAAACCAAAGACGCAGCUGUUUGUAAGCGCACCUCAAGGGAAAAUUAAAUUACCACCUGCCUUUCAGGUCCAACGUGUUACUAUGCUAUGAACUACUUACAAGAUUCAUGGGAACAAUGAGACAUUAUCUGUAAACAAUAAUGGUGCAAGAGCACGAGGGUCAGGUACAUUUAAACAAAACCUUGUGUUAAACUCAAAAUGUCUUGUGUGCACCAAAAUGUAUGUUUUUUUAAUAUUUUUUACCUCCAUUGCUGA